AUGGCAGAAUUGGCCCAACUCUGUCGGCUCCUCGAUGGGGUUACCUUGUCCUCGGAUCAUGACUCUUGGAAAUCCAAACUUUCUAGUGAUGGGCAGUUCUAUGUUAGAGACAUUCGUAAGCUCAUCGACUCCAAAGUCACCGUUCGGACUAAUAGUACAACCGUUUGGGUGAAUCUUGUCCCCUUAAAAAUAAUCUGCUUUGUUUGGAGGGCUAGUUUGGAUGAUAUCCCUUCCUCCAUGGCUCUUUCAAGGAGGGGUGUAGGUGUUGAUUCUACCAGGUUCCUCUUUUGCAUUAAUGGUGUGGAUGAUACGGAUCACUUGCUUAUUGCUUGCGAUCUCGCUAAGGAGGUGUUCAAGUAG